CGAACUUGGCAACACUGAUGGCGUGUAAGAUUCAUUAAUAAGAUCCCAUAAGAUCCUAUAUCGUAACGUUACGUAAUUGUUUGCUGGGCAGCCGUCCUAUUGGUAGACGAAGAGCACUUGUCUCGAUUUGAUUGGCUACAUAAACCUCCAUUUAUUCAAUCUGAAACGUGUUGUAAGUUUCUAUUCAUUGUUUGGAGCAACAUCACCAAGAAGAAAUGGCCCGUAAAAUUCGUAUUAGUCUCUGUCUCGUAAUUUUACUCAUUGCUUGUUGGAUAAAUGCAGAAGAUAUGAACGAAGCUGUGGUUGAUGAAACGAGCAAGGAAAAAACGGAGGAAGUGGGGAUAACUGACGAUGACAAGCCUGCAAGCGGUGAAUACACUGCAACAACAAGUCCAAGUGAUACUAGCGAUGCAAUUUUAAACCAGGACGAGAAAAGUGUAGUGACGUUAACAAAAGAUAAUUUUGACGAUUUCAUCAAAGACACAGCAACAGUUCUCGUGGAAUUUUAUGCACCCUGGUGUGGCCAUUGUAAAAACCUUGCACCCAUAUAUGAGAAAGCAGCAAAAGUGUUGAAAGGAAAUGAUCCCCCUGUUUUUCUGGGUGCUGUUGAUGCUACAGUAGAAACUGAUCUGGCAUCAAGGUUUGAUAUCUCUGGUUAUCCAACUUUAAAAUUCUUCAAGAAGGGAGUUGCAAUUGAUUAUGAUGGUCCUCGAGAUGAAGAUGGUAUUGUUGAAUAUAUGAAGGAAAGAGCUGAUUCUGAAUGGAAGCCUCCACCUCAAGCUGUUAUUACACUCGGCAAAGACAAUUUCACCAACUUUGUUAAUAAAGAACCUUUAAUGUUGGUUGAAUUUUAUGCACCAUGGUGUGGCCAUUGCAAAAAACUUGCCCCGGAAUACGAAAAAGCUGCAAAAUCUCUUAAAGAAAAUGAUCCACCAAUCCCAUUGGCUAAAGUUGAUGCAACUAUUGAAUCAGAUUUAGCUUCACAAUUCAAAGUAACCGGCUACCCAACAUUGAAAAUAUUUAGAAGAGGCAAACCUUCCGAGUAUAAAGGGGAACGGAACGAAUAUGGUAUAAUUGAUUACAUGCAAAAUCAAGUUGGUCCAAGUUCUAAACUCUUGCAUUCAAAGAAAGCUGUAGUGGACUUCGUUAAAGAAUGGGAUGAUGUCGUUAUCAUGGGUUUUUUUGAAAAUGAAAACGAUGAAAUGUUAAAUCAAUAUCUGGAGGCAAACAAUGAUAUUCGCGAUGACUACAGAUUUGGUCAUACUUUUGAUCUACACUCAAGGGAAUUAUUUGGGUUUGAAAAGAAUACAAUUGCAUUAAUUCAGCCCGAAAAAUUUAGAUCCAAAUACGAAGAUAAAUACAUCGCCUUUAAGGGCGAUGCGUCAAAACGGGAAGAUCUUCAGAAGUUUUAUCAAGACAAUGCCGUGCCGUUGGUUGGUCAAAUGACUAAUCAAAAUGAGGAAAAGCGAUACAAAAGUCGUCCGUUGGUUAUUGUGUAUUAUGCGAUUGAUUUUAGUUUCGAUCACAGAGAAGGUACGCAAUACUGGAGAAACAAAGUGGUUGAGGUUGCUAACGAUUAUCGUGAAUUUAAAUUCGCCAUCGCUGACGAAGAAGAUUAUUCAAAUCGUUUAAAAGACUUUGGUUUGGAUGAUUCGGGGGAGGACGUGAAUGUCGCGUUGUUGGACAAGAAUGAAGGAAAAUAUAAAAUGGAUGACGAGUUUACCGAGGAAUCACUCAGGGAUUUUUUAGAUGCUUACAAGAAUGGUGAACUAAAACCUGAGAUAAAAUCCCAACCUGUUCCCAAAGGAAAAUCUGGUCCUGUUCAAGUGGUUGUGGGCAGUAAUUUCGAGAACAUUGUACUGGACGAAACAAAAGAUGUUUUAAUCGAGCUUUAUGCUCCUUGGUGUGGCCACUGCAAAGCACUAGAGCCCACCUAUAAGAAACUUGCUCAGAAAUACAAGGAUGAGCCGAACCUUGUUAUUGCAAAAUUAGAUGCCACCGCAAAUGAUGUUCCAGUUGAAUACAAGGCCAGUGGAUUUCCUACGAUAUAUUUAGCACCGAAAGGAAAGAAAACGAAGCCAGAGAAAUAUGAAGGUGCACGAGAAUUGAGUGAUUUUGUUAAGUUUUUGGAAGAGAAAUCAACAGCUCUCUCUAAAGGCAAAGCUAAGGGUAAAGAUGAAUUGUAGUCAUUAAAUAAUGGUUAUUGUUCUUGGCAAUGCAAGGCGCUGUGCUUUAAUAUUUGAUUUAGAUUGUAUGAUCUCGUAAUUAUUGUGUAAAUAUAUUCCAUUGUUUUCGAGAAAUUCAAAUUAUUUACAAAAGAAUCCACUAAACCGUCUCUAUAAUCAGCUCCAGUCUUGUUUGCAUGUCAACCAAGCUGCACAAUUUUAGUUAGUUAUUAUGAUUUAUUGGACUAUUUUGUGAUUUAUUGCACGAAUUUAUUAAAUGCCCAGAACUACUGCGCAA